CCAGUUUCCAUCCCGUAUACAGCCACCGACCUUCAUCUCUUUCACAGACCAAAGCUCUUCUCUCCAUCCUUCGCGUCUCCCGCAGCCACAGCCACCCACCCCAGUCGCCAGUCCCACAGCCACCCACCAGCCACCGGCCGCGGCCACCCACCCACUCGCCAAAGCCAGAGUCUCUUCUCUCCAUCCUUCGCCGCUUCAGUCCCACAGCUACGGCCACCCACCCACCCAAUCGUCAGUCCCACAGCACCCACUCACCGGCCAUCUACCCUGCCACCCACUCGCCAAAGCCAUAGUCUAUUCUCUCCAUCCUUCGCGUCUCUCUCUCACGGCCAUCGCUCGCGUCUCUCUCGUGAGGGGCUCCUUCCUUGACAAAUCCGAUGUCGCAGAUCGUGUUGUCUCCGUCAAGAAUUUUCAGAAGGCAGAUCCUUCCAAGUGACAGAAGAGGAGAAACCCUUGUUUCUUCCGGCGAAAAGUUUGAGCUUGGAUUCUUUACUCCUAAUGGAAGUUCUGGAAGGAGAUAUAUUGGGAUUUGGUAUUACAUGUCAAAUCCACUUACGGUUGUUUGGGUUGCCAAUAGAGAUAAUCCACUUUUAGAUAAUGAUGGAGUUUUUUCCAUUGCAGAAGAUGGCAACCUCAAGAUAUUAGAUGGGAGGGGGAGAUCUUACUGGUCGACAAAUCUUAAAAUAGAUUCAUCUGUGGAUAGGAAAACAAAGCUAAUGGAUACUGGGAACCUUGUUUUUCACGAUGACGAUGGAGAAAAUCACUUGGAGAGAAUUCUGUGGCAGAGUUUUGAUUAUCCAACCGACACAUUUCUUCCAGGUAUGAAAAUGGAUGAAGAUAUUGCAUUGGUUUCAUGGAAAAGUUAUGAUGAUCCUGCAUCUGGGAACUUCACUUUUCAGCUAGAUCAAGAUGCAGAGCAAUAUGUCAUCUGGAAGAGAUCGAUUCCAUACUGGAGAAGUGGAGUUUCAGGUAAAGUUGGCAGCUCUAGUGACAUGCCUUCUUCAAUAUCAUAUUUCUUAUCAAAUUUCACCUCAAGUGUAGCCCAUAAUGAUUCUGUGCCGUACAUCACGUCAUCAUUAUACAUUGAUACAAGAAUGGUCAUGAGCUUCUCAGGCCAAAUUCAGUACCUGAAGUGGGACUCGCAGAAGAUUUGGACCUUGUUCUGGGCAGUGCCAAGAACAAGAUGCAGUCUUUAUAAUGCUUGUGGAAAUUUUGGUAGCUGCAACAGUAAUAAUGAACUUGUUUGCAAGUGUUUGCCUGGUUUUCAGCCCAUUUCUCCGGAGUACUGGAAUUCUGGAGACUAUUCAGGGGGAUGCACCAGGAAGUCACCAUUAUGUAGUGGCAAUGCUGCAAGUGACUCGUUCUUGAACUUAAAGAUGAUGAAAGUAGGAAACCCAGAUUCUCAAUUCAAGGCUAACAGUGAACUAGAUUGCAAAACGGAGUGCCUUAACAACUGCCAAUGCCAGGCCUUUUCAUAUGAAGAAGCUGAAAUUACACAACAGAGAGAAUCUGGUAGUGCGAACUGCUGGAUUUGGUUGGAGGAUCUAACUGACCUUCAGGAGGAGUACGAUGGUGGUCGAAAUCUCAAUGUGCGGAUAUCAGUUUCUGAUAUAGAUUUAACUUCAAGAAAUUGUGGGACAUGUGGUGCAAACAUUAUUCCCUAUCCCCUUAGCACUGGAACUAAUUGUGGAGAUCCCACCUACUUCAAUUUCUACUGCAACAUCUCCUCAGGGCAACUUAACUUUCAGGCACCAGGUGGCACCUACAGAGUCACAAAAAUCAAUCCACAAAUGCGCAAGUUCGUCAUCCAAACAAAUGAUGCCGAUAGUUGCAGAGCCAUAAAUUCAGAUUCCAAAUUCUUAAAGCUCAACCAGUCAUCACCAUUUCAUGUGAUUAGGUGGUGUUUUGCUGAUCUGGGAAACUAUACUUCUGCUGCAUCAUUUAAAGGUGGAGGUGAACUAGAGAUAGGUUGGGAGCCACCACCAGAGCCAACUUGCUCUUCUCCAACAGACUGCAGGGAUUGGCCAAAUUCAAUUUGUAAGGCUUCAGGAGAUGGAAAGAAAAAGUGUCUUUGUGACAUGAGCUCUCGAUGGGAUGGCUUGAAAUUGAACUGCACUCAAGAAGAUCACAGGAAGAAAACAAAUAAAACUUCGAUUGGAAAGAUUCCAUCGUCCAUUGUUGUUGCAGUAGCUUUCGCUAGUGUCAUUGGUCUGAUUGUGGUCUCGAGCACCAUCAUUUUUAUGUAUUUGCAGAGAAGAAGGCUUGCUAUGGUACCAGGAAACAGGGGAUCUCUGCAAAGACAUCUAGGCCUUCACUUGUAUAGCAGUGAGAGACUUGUGAAAGAUAUAAUCGACUCGGGUAGGUUCAACGAAGAGGAGACAAAAGCCAUGGACGUGCCAUUUUUUGACUUGGAAAGCAUAUUAGCUGCUACAAAUAAGUUCUCAAAUUCAAACAAGCUUGGACAAGGUGGGUUUGGACCUGUUUACAAGGCUACAUUUCCUGGAGGAGAAGAGAUUGCUGUUAAGAGGCUCUCAAGUAGUUCUGGUCAAGGCAUAGAGGAAUUUAAAAAUGAGAUUAUUCUGAUAGCCAAACUUCAGCAUAGGAAUCUUGUCAGGCUUUUAGGCUAUUGUGUUGAAGGAGAUGAAAAGAUGUUACUCUAUGAAUACAUGCCUAAUAAAAGCUUGGAUUCCUUCAUAUUUGACAGAAAGCUGCGUGUGUUACUGGACUGGGGAAUGCGUUAUAGCAUAAUUCUGGGAAUUGCUCGAGGACUUCUAUAUCUUCACCAGGAUUCCAGGCUGAGGAUCAUCCAUAGAGACUUGAAAACAAGUAACAUUUUGCUAGAUGAGGAGAUGAACCCCAAAAUUUCUGACUUCGGCUUGGCUAGGAUUUUCGGAGGCAAAGAAACUGCUGCAAAUACCAGCAGAAUAGUUGGAACCUAUGGAUAUAUUGCUCCUGAGUAUGCAUUGGAUGGCCUAUUUUCGUUCAAGUCAGAUGUGUUCAGCUUUGGGGUGGUGGUGCUUGAGAUUAUAAGUGGAAAAAGAAACACAGCUUUUUAUCAACCUGAACAAUCUCUGAGUCUUCUAGGUUAUGCCUGGAAUCUAUGGAAAGAAGAAAAGGCUUUGGAUCUUUUAGACCCAAUCCUGAGGAAAACCUGCAAUGCAAAUGAACUUUUCAAGUGCUUAAAUGUUGGACUCCUAUGUGUACAAGAAGAUCCUUUUGACCGUCCCACAAUGUCAAGUGUGCUACUCAUGCUUGGCAGUGAAAAUACUAGUAUUCCAGGACCUAAACAACCAGCCUUCGUGGUCAGAAGAUGCCCUUCCAGCAGAGCUUCUUCGUCUGGCAAACCAGAAACUUGCUCCAAUAACCAGUUAACAGUCACUCUGGAAGAUGGCAGGUGACAGAUAGGUUCUUCUAUAUGUGACCUUUGACUUUCCAUAGAGGUCCUCGCAGUCUUUUUUUUUUUUUUGGUCUCCCGAAAUUUUCAGUUUCAUUUUAUGCAUUCUUGGUUGUAUCCUCUAUUAACUGUAUAUCAGUUAUUUACGGGAUUGCAUUUAUAUACUA